UUAUCCGUUAUAGUGGAACAAUGGAAAAUAAGUUUCGUGAUAUGUUUUUGUAACGUAAUUAAUGUUAACCGUGCGAGAUUUAUUUGCUUUUCGCUUCCGGUAUUGAGAAGCGAAAGAGCAAGCACGCCACGCGCAAUAAACUAAAGCGCCUUGUUAUAUCUGCUCGAUCGUGAUUACGUCGUUUCAAUUCGCGCGUGUUAUUUCAAUCCGCGAGGACGCAUGCAUCGCAAGGUAGCAUCGGCACCGACUAUAGGCGGAAUUCCAUUGAAGUCGAAGCUUUCCCCGCGCGGCGGGCGCGAUAAAAAUGCGUGAGAACGCGUCGCCGUCUCGACGCUUCGCGCCGAGCAGGAAGAAUCAUGGCGCGGAGAAACUCGACGGGUACGCGAAGCUUCGACGCGGCAAGGGGUCGCGUUGCCCAAGCGUCGUUUUGCAAUAGCGACGUCCUCGCUCGCAGGAAGGUCGUUUCUCGGCUUCUCGCUCGCGAGGAGAGACGACCACCUUCGCUCGUCAUCGAUUGUAACAUUGCGCGCGCGUCAUCCUCCUUAGAACGAGUGCGUUCUCCCGCAAAUGAGAAGAAGGGCAUUUAAACGUUUCGGGGGGGGGGAAAAGAGCAUCAUCGGGUAAAAAGGGCUAUCGCCGUUCGGCCGUGGCGCGAUCUCUCUCGUAUCUCUCCGCUACCUACCUACCUACCCGCUAUGACCUACGGCGAAUCUCACGAUCGGAAACGAGAGCAAAAAGAUAACGACGAGUGUAGCCUUCGUGCCAGACGGUGUAGAGCGCGUUGCGCGACUUCUCGUGGUCACGCGACACCCCUCGAAGAGGCACGAAGGCAACGCAACGUGGUGGUGCGUCUUCGGAACGGAGGAGCCGCGCCUGCUCGUGUAGGUCCGUCGACGCUCGGGCGGGUUCGCGCGGGCUCGGCCGUCCCCGUUGCUCCGAGCCCGCGAGCCCUUCGCCACCGUCGCCGCCGCCGUAGCUGUGAUUCACAGUCCGGGUCAGUUCGUCGAUCGUCGCUCCGUAUGGGAGGACGCGUGCGCGAGUGCCGCUGUGUGAUCACGUGAGAGCAGUGCGGAGCAGUUCGAUACGUUGGUUCGGUGGUGACUAACCCGCGUUCCUGCGUAAUCGCGCGUCGUGGUGUUGUAUUCGCGGCGCCCUUAAAACAAGUGAAUAGUGAAGUAUAGUAAUAAUCUACCCAGCGGAUAUCGGGGUUCAGUGACGUACCGAGGGAUAAUGUGCAGGCGUGUCGGCGUGCGGACCGCCGUCGAAGUUUCACGGAGAGACACGAAAGCCGCCGACAGGCGCCAACACGCGUGACAGGCCUGGGAGAGGCUCAAGGAAGAAGCCACCUCCGCCACAAUCGCCCGGCAGCGCGGAAGAGGAGGAGGAGGAGGAGGAGGAGGAGGAGGAGGAGGAGGUGGAGGGGGGUGGGGGUGGAAGGCACGACGGAGUCCAUAGCGUGGAAGUAGAGUAGGCAUGUUGUCAGUCUUCCCGGCAACGACGACGGGGACGAUGAGGGUGGUGACGCGGUCGUGGUCGCGUCGACGAUGUUGGUAUCGCCCGCCGCUGCCACUGAUUCUAAUCAUCACGCUAACGUUAUCGUUGCCGACGGCGUUAUCGUUGCCGGCCGAUAUAGUGCAGAAAUUUCACGACCCGGAGGUAGAACGCAUGAAUCAUCUGGUAGUGGACAAGAACACCGGCCGGGUGUACGUAGGUGCGGUUAAUCGUCUCUAUCAGCUGUCGCCGGACCUGCUGCUCGUCGUAAAGGAGGUCACUGGACCGAAGGGCGACUCCACGGCGUGCUCGAUGCUCGACUGCCCCCGUGAGGCGCAAAAGCGGCCGGUCGACAACGUGAACAAGGCCCUGGUGAUCGAUUACACGACCACGCGGCUCAUCUCUUGCGGCAGUCUGUUCCAGGGUAUGUGCACGGUGCGCAAUCUGCACAACAUAUCGGACGUAGUGCAGGAAGUGAAGGAGGCGGUGGUGGCAAACAACGCCACCGCCUCGACGGUUGCGUUUAUCGCGCCCGGCCCACCAAAUCCGCCGGUUUCCCAGGUCAUGUACGUCGGCGUGACCUUUACCGGCAAUUCACCCUACCGUUCGGAAGUGCCGGCGGUGAGCUCGCGUUCCCUCGACAAGGACAAGAUGCUGAACAUCGCGGAAGCGGCAGUCACGACCGGUACGCGCAUGUACGUUAAUUCUCUUUCGCGCGAACGUUAUCCGAUCAACUAUAUCUACGGCUUUAGCAGCGGCGGCUUCAGUUACUUCCUCACCACGCAAAUGAAGAAUACGGAGACGCCGAUCUAUCUUUCGAAAUUGAUUCGCGUGUGCCAGGACGACGAGCAUUAUUAUUCGUAUACGGAGAUACCGAUUAAUUGUACCAGCAACGAGCGUAUCUACAACCUGGUGCAAGCCGCCUACGUCGGCAAGGCCGGCUCGGUUCUCGCCGGCGACCUGGGCAUCACCGCUCAGGACGACGUGCUGUUCGCCGUGUUUGCCGAGAGCGACGGACCCAACAGUGAUGUGCCGCGACCGCACUCGGCACUGUGCGUGUACUCACUCAAGGCGAUUCGCCGCAAGUUCAUGAGCAACAUACAGAGGUGCUUCAGCGGCGAAGGACAGCGGGGCCUGGAGUUCAUCUCGCCGAGCCACAAAUGCAUAUCAACGAAACUGCAAACAAUCGGCGAAGACUUCUGCGGCCUCGACGUGAACACACCUUUAGGCGGCGAAGAGCCGAUGGGUGCGACUGCAGUUUUGACUUUCGAAACUCACUUGACGGCAGUUGCGGCCACUUCAACCGGUGAUUACACCGUGGUCUUCGUCGGCACCAACAAGGGACACCUUAAGAAGGUGGUAGUGGAGAGCUCGACGCUAGCAUUAGAGUACGGUGAUCUCGAGAUCGAUUCUGGAUCUCCGGUGAACCCGGAUCUGCUGUUCGAUUCGCAGCUGAUGCACCUUUAUGUCCUGACGGAGAAGAAGGUCUCAAAGGUCAAGGUACAGGAGUGCUCGGUCUACAAGACCUGUUGGGAUUGCCUAGGCGCCAAGGACCCAUACUGUGGCUGGUGUUCGUUGGAAAACAAGUGCAAUCUCCGCAGCGAUUGCCAGGACGCGGCCAAAGAUCCACUGUAUUGGAUCUCCUACAAGAGCGGUAGAUGCACGACGAUUACAACUGUCACGCCAGAUCAACUGCAACGUACCACCGCCAGGACUCUCGAGCUCGUCAUCGAGAAUCUGCCGACACUGUCCGGGCAAUUCCUGUGCGCGUUCUCCGCUCUCGACAAAACCUUGAUCACGAACGCUUCCCGGAAGUCCUACGGUGUGAAUUGCACCACACCGAGAACCGAUUUACUGCCAUCGAUACCGCCGGGCCGGCAUCAUUUCACGGCCAAGCUGUCUGUUCGGAUGACAAACGGGCCCGAUUUGGUGGCGACAAAUUUCACUUUCUUUGAUUGUAACACAUACAGCUCAUGCACGCAAUGUGUGUCGUCGAGCUUCCCGUGCGACUGGUGCGUUGAUGGUCAUCGCUGCACACACGAUACAGCGGAGAACUGUCGGAACGACAUUCUUGUCACGGGAGUCAGCAGAAUGGGACCAAGUUAUAGGAGUGGGCCAGGUUUUUGUCCCACUAUAAAUGCUACUGAAUCUCAAGAGAUCCUCGUGUCUUCCGGUAUCAAAAAGGCAAUUCGAGUUAAAGUGCAUAUCAUUGGGCAAUUUAUUAUACAAACACGGUUCGUGUGCCAAUUCAACAUCGAGGGUCGCGUAACAAGCGUAAACGCGCGUCUGUUGGCCGACACGAUUUACUGCGAAGAGACAGAGUUCUCUUACACCUCUCGUGCACCGAACAUCACGGUACCUUUCGCAGUGAUCUGGGGCGGUUCUAAACCUUUGGAUAAUCCGGACAAUAUACACCUUGUGAUAUACCGUUGCCGUGACAUGGCGGACAACUGUGGCAUGUGCCUGGCUUUGCCAACGAAGUAUGGAUGUGGCUGGUGCCAGAGCUCGGACAGAUGCGAGGUGAAAGAUCAGUGCGACCGCGGCUCAGGCAUGUGGCUGAACAGCAACCAGACCUGCCCAAAUCCGGAGAUAAAAUCGUUUGAGCCGGUAAUGGGCCCUUGGGAAGGCAAUACAAACGUGACAAUUCGCGGCAUCAAUCUUGGCAAGACAUUCAAGGACAUAGUCGGUGGUGUUACCGUGGCCGGUAUGCGAUGCCUACCUUAUGAAGAACUUUACAUUCGAACAAAGCAAAUCGUUUGUCGAGUCGAUGGACCUGGUACGCAGGAAGGCAGAAGCGGACCCGUCAUUGUCAAGAUCGAAGAUUUCCGCGGCGAAUCAGACUACAAUUUUGAAUUUGUAGAUCCACAGAUCAUCUCUAUAUCACCUAAGUAUGGACCUUUGAGCGGCGGUACUACUAUCAAGAUCACCGGUAAUUAUAUGAACGCCGGUAGUACUAUUCAUGCUGAUAUCGACGAGUUACCUUGCUCCAUAAUAAGCGCCGAACCCAACGAGGCUCUUUGCAUGACGAGUCCAAGUGAUCGAAAGCGGAGCGGCAUGCUAAAGAUGUCCUUUGAUGGUGGCAAGCGUUUGUAUGAUGGCUUCUUUGAAUAUGUCGAUGAUCCGACAAUUGAGAGCGUGGAAAGCGGCGUGGCCGGUCAAAUGAAGGUUCCAAAAGGAAUUCCGGCAGGUGGAAUAAAAAUCUCAGUAACUGGUAAAAACCUUGGUUACAUACAAAGUCCACAAAUGUACGUCUACUAUGAUGAGAAAAUGUUCGUAUCACAGUGCGAGGUACACAGUCAAGAAAGCAUGGUGUGCAAAUCGCCAACUAUCGAAGUGCCAGAACACGUGGUACUGGAUGCCGAACGUCCGCUCUCUCUUGAAUAUGGUUUCCGCAUGGACAAUGUUACCGGUGUGCAAAAUCUCUCGCAGCACGGAUUUAAUCACUUUCUUCUGUAUCCAAAUCCGAUUUACGAGGUCUUUGAUGAAGAAGUCAAAUAUUACAAAAGUGACUAUUUGACGAUCAAUGGUCAACACCUUGAUCGUGCCUGUCAAGAAUCCGAUGUGGUUGUUCAAAUCGGUAACGCCUUCUGCAAUGUCACAUCCUUAUCGCGACAACAACUCACCUGUCGACCACCUUUGACGCAACCACCGGCUAUUGAUGCCCUCGGUAUGCCUAAUAAACAAGAACUGCCAGAGGUGGUGCUGAUAGUAGGUGGUACGCUUCGUUACAACAUUGGCAAGCUUAGCUACGCACUGCCAGCCGGACUGAACGGGCCGUUGUCGAAACCUGCGCUCAUCGGCAUAAUCGCCGCCAUCAUGAUCUUAGUAUUCGUAUUCAUAGCGUUCCUUAUCGCCUAUCGCAGAAAGUCUACGGAGAGCAAUCGCGUGUUGAAAAAUAUGCAGGAACAGAUGGAUAUUCUCGAGCUACGAGUCGCUGCCGAAUGUAAGGAGGCCUUUGCCGAAUUACAGACAGAAAUGACUGAUCUCACAGGAGAUCUUACCAGUGGUGGGAUACCCUUCCUCGAUUAUCGCACUUAUGCAAUGAUGAUAUUAUUCCCCAGCGAUGACAAUAGUCCAGUACUGCAGUGGGAUAGGCCAGAACUUGUACGAAAGGAGAAAGGAUUGCGAUUAUUCGGUCAAUUGAUAAUGAAUAAAACUUUCCUAUUGUUAUUCGUACGAACGCUCGAGAGCAAUCGUUACUUCUCAAUGAGAGAUCGAGUUAAUGUUGCCAGUCUGAUUAUGGUUACGCUACAGAGCAAAAUGGAAUAUUGCACGGACAUCCUGAAAACGUUGCUGGCGGAUCUUAUCGAGAAAUGCACGGAAGGCAAGAGUCAUCCGAAGUUAUUCCUAAGACGAACUGAGAGCGUCGCUGAGAAAAUGCUUUCUGCUUGGUUCACAUUUCUCUUGUACAAAUUCAUGAGAGAAUGCGCCGGCGAACCAUUGUAUGUAUUGUUCCGCGCGGUAAAACAGCAAGUCGAUAAGGGUCCUGUCGAUGCGAUUACGUCGGAAGCACGAUAUUCCUUGUCCGAAGAAAAACUGAUCCGACAAUCUAUCGACUUUAAGCCAAUGACGGUUUAUGUUUCGAUAUCCCAACAAACUGUGUUUGUCAGCGGAAUGGAUCCUAACACGGAGAAUGUGCCAGUCAAAGUCCUUGACUGCGACACAAUAUCUCAAGUAAAGGAGAAAGCGUUGGAUACAAUCUAUCGAGCAACUCCGUACAGUCAAAGACCCCGAAAGGAGGAUCUUGAUCUCGAAUGGCGGACUGGUGCGUCCGGCAGAUUAAUUCUCUACGACGAAGACUCGACAACGAAGACGGAGGGCGAGUGGAAAAAGAGAAACACUUUAAAUCAUUACAGGGUACCAGACGGAGCGUCGCUCAAUUUAGUUUCUAAACAAUCGUCUAUAUAUAAUCUCUCGAUUCUAUCGGAGAAGACGGACAAAUCGCACAAAUAUGAAACCUUGAAUCUUAGUAAAUUCAGUUCUGCGAGUCCUCCGCUUUCUCGCGCUACUUCACCACUUAAUCAGAAUAUCGAAGCUGGUAUGAAGAUUUGGCAUCUUGUUAAACACCACGAUUCCGAUGCGCGAAAGGAGGGAGAUCGCGGUAAUAAGAUGGUCUCGGAGAUUUAUUUGACGAGGUUACUCGCGACAAAAGGUACACUCCAGAAGUUUGUCGACGAUCUGUUCGAGACAAUAUUCAGUACUGCCCAUCGAGGCUCGGCGCUACCUCUCGCUAUCAAGUACAUGUUCGAUUUCAUGGAUGACCAAGCUCUGCAACACGGCAUAUCCGAUCCGGAAGUGGUCCACACGUGGAAGAGCAAUUCCCUUCCUCUUAGGUUUUGGGUUAAUCUCAUAAAAAAUCCGAAUUUUAUUUUCGAUAUACACAAGUCCAACAUCGUGGACUCGUGUCUAUCCGUCGUGGCGCAGACGUUCAUGGACAGCUGCUCGACGUCGGAUCAUAGAUUAGGUAAGGACUCUCCGAGUUCGAAAUUAUUAUAUGCGAAGGACAUUCCAGUGUACAAAGAAUGGGUAGAGCGUUAUUACUCAGAUAUUAAAGUCAUGCCAGCCAUAUCCGAUCAAGACAUGAAUGCCAUGCUUGCCGAAGAGUCGAGGUUGCACACAACGGAAUUUAACACGAAUUGUGCUUUAUACGAACUGUAUACAUACGCGGGUAAAUACAACGAACAACUAAUAGUCACGCUCGAGGAGGACGAAUUCUCGCAGAAACAGAGACUGGCGUACAAGCUCGAGCAAGUGCACAAUAUAAUGGCGGCGGACAAUCCCUGAUGCAUGACCAUGAACUCCAUGAAACACAUGACGAAACCUGCUCGUCAAGAGUUACCCUGCUGAGCGAUCAAUCGCGGUGCAGUAUAAUUAUCAACGGCGCGAAUAAAGAGAACUGGCCUACCUUGAAAUCGAUUAUCUCAGGUUCCGUGCAAAAGCCAGUUUUCUCAGCUUAACGCGAAUCGCGAGUGAACUUUGGAGUUAUUCCAAUGGGGAUGGGAGGGGGGGGGGGUAUUAUGUCGCGAGUUAACUGGGAAUUAAUUAAAGGACUAAGUGUUAAAAGUAUGUGUCGAGGAAGUCUUCUCAGAGGUCGCCAGUUUGUAAGUGUGGCCAUAAUCAUAAGCACAUUGUCGCGUGCGCGCAUAAUUGUACAUAAGAUAUCAAAAAUCAUGAAUAAUUGUAAUAGGAUAUUAAAUGUACGAUCACCCCUCGAUGGCCGAGUCGAGUGUAAAAGCGGGGCGAGAACGUUUCCCUCGUCGCGCGGUGAUCGCACGCCCGUUUGCACCGUGAGUGAUUUAAAAAAUGAAUGUAAUAAUGUGAAACACACACUAGUGAUAAGAGGCGCGAGUGAGGGAAUCAACCGCGAUAUCGAUCGAUAAUUUGUAAAUGUGUUUAAAAAUGAAAAAAAAAAAACGAUCGAUUGCCGGCGCCGUGAUCUCGGUGAUCUGGUAAUUUUUAACGAAGAAACAUUUCCAUCCACCGCUACUCUAGCUGAAAUUUUUUGAAUUACGAGAACUGACGAAUUUUAAGAGAUAAUGAUAAUUACCGAUAACGAUGAAAUAAGUAAACGAUAUGGGUAUAUUAUAUAUAUAUAUAUAUGUAUGGAUGAUAUGUCGUAUGUAUAUGUGUACAUAUAUACACUUUAUACUGGCGCAAGCAUGCCUGUGUGCGUGUGCGUAUAUCUAGUAUCCGAUGUGGAGGCGCGCGUGCGAGCAGGUAGGACGAUAUCCCGCGCCGAGUUAUUUUGCCAUAACGUUAUCACACAAAACGAGACCUAAGAAAGUCUCGCUUGCUCACACGCUUAUAAGCGCGCUGCCGCGCGCUCUAUAACUCGGCAGCGCCGUACCGCGCGCACGUGCGUAUUUAAUAUGGUGUAUUAUGUAUACUUACACGGCGCUCGAGAAGGAAAGCUGAAGGGAGGGAAAAAGUCAUCCGCGCAACGGAGACAGACUGUGUAUUAGUUAGUAAGUAAUUAAUCUAUGGACUAUGGCCACGCGCGAGGCCAGCUCGAUGUGACGGUUGUGUUGAGUGUGCGUGCUUCCCCUCCUUGGUCUCUGCGACUCAUUGUUCCAUUUCGCCAUUUAAUCGUUCAUUCCUAUCGUCGUGCAUCCACCGAUGUCAUCGUCGCUAUUCCAUAAUUAUCGAUAACCUCUAUCCUUUCGUCCCUCAUCCUUACGUCCAUUGCUAUCUCUCAAUCUCUCUCUCUCUCUCUUUCCCUCCUCUUCAUACUACUUGUAACAUGUCCACCAUCGAAGUUUUCCUGCUCUUCCUUCAUUCUCUUGCAAUUCAUCUACAUACUACUAUCCCCCCCCUCCCCCCCCCUCUCUCUCUCUCUCUCUCUCUCUUUCUCUCCCUUGUAAUGCUUCAACGCCUCCGUCGUCAUGUUGUUGUCACUCUUAAUUAUUGUAAUAUAUAAUGAAUAACGAUCACUGUUGAGUAUUGUCUGAUUGUAAUACAUUGAUAUUGAAUUGAUAUUGAAUUGAUAAUCAUUAAUUAAAAGCGUAACAUUAACUCUGUGGAUGUAGCCAUAUUGGUGUGCGUGAAAGUGAGCCACGCGAAUGGAUGUGUGUUUGAUCGAGAGCCGAAAGCAUUGCACAGUAUCGUAAAAAGAGGCGCACACACACACACACACACACACACACACACACACACACACACACACACACACACACACACACACACACACACACACACACACACACACACACACACACACACACACACACACACACACACACACACACACAUUUUGGAAUUUCGUGUGUGGGUACUGACAUUACUAAAGAAUUGUUGCAUCGAUGAAAAAAUUUGUCUGAUCAUGCUCUUCUUACGCACAAAUUGCCAAAAUACUAUGUCAUCUGUAAAUCGGGCGACAAGCCCGAUCUACAGUUGUCAUACAGAUAAAGUUGUCUGAUCCUGGUAUGAUUUUACAUACUCUUGGAAAGGAUAAAUAGCUAAUGUGAUUCGAUUGAUUGUUUCUUCGAGCUUACAGCAUUUAACACGACGUUCUGUCAAUGUGUACGGCUGGUAGCGAAUGACGACUGCCCGACAUGUAUGCGUGUGUGCAUGUGUCCUGUGCGUCAAUUCAAUGUGCAGUUAUACGUGGAGAAAGUAUUUAUUGCUCAAAAAACAUCGGAAGAUCGUGGUGGAAAGGUAAGGAAGAGUGGGUAAAAAUAAAUGGAGAUGUUGGUAGGCUUAUACUGGAAAAGGAAUUGGGGGAGGGCGGGGUGGAAAGUUGGAGGAAGGGACAGACAGAGGGUGGAAUCUACGCGGUGGCGAAGACACAUCGCCAGACAGGGUAAUAAUUACGCGACAAGAAAGAAAGGUGCGAGAAACAAUAUAAACUAAUGACGAUAAUGUGUUAAUUGAACGAUCCGACAACCAACGGUUUCCCUCAAGAAUGAAGCGCGUGAAUCGCGUACUCGCCCGCUGUUCCGUGCACAAGAGAACGGGGCGUGCGGUACCCUCCCCCGCGCACGCCGACUUCAAAUGGUACUAAUAAACCCAAAGUGCCUCUGGUAGAUUUUUGGGCAUAAGCUUGAGUAAUAAAGACUACAUAGUGUUUACUAUAAAAAAAAAGGAAAAGAGACACGACUAUGACGCGACCGCUGAUUAUAAUAAAACAAUAAAAGAGCCGAGAAAGAGAGAGGAGAAAAAAGAAAACGAAACAUGGCGAGAGUGCUUCUAACGCGCCCUCCGUAAAUCGAUUACGCGCGAAAGGCGAGCGGAGGUGCGGGCGUACCGAGUGUGUACGCGGUGCGUACGCUAAUUAAACGUUUAGAUAGAUAUUAACGUAUAGUCGGUAGCCUAGUCUCUAUGUCGGUGUCUGUCUGCCCUGAGUGUCUUUCCCACGGUGUACCCCUCAAGUGCGUGUACCUUGAAACCCCCGGCGAACAGAUUCCCUCACAGUCCAACGCCCUCGUCACCGUCGUCCUCGAGUUCAGCCUCUCCCUCGCGUAACAUUCCCGGCCGUGUAUCGACCCAUCGUGGAUCCUCGUCGUCCUUUGUCUCCUGAGCCAGACUCCCCCCUCCCCCCGAAUCUUCUCCAGUACCUCGACAUCCCGUCUUUUAACGCAACUAACUGUGCUCACAUCACGCGUCAUUCGCCACAAUUACCGAUCGGCACGUUUUGCUAAGUAAAUAUUAUUCUUAUUAUUCUUCUUAUUAUUAUUAUUGUAUCGAUGGUUCCUCAUCAAUUACGGAAUAUACGAAUCCCGAUUUGUAAAAUUCAACUUAACUAAGAUGUGUAAUAACUUAAUCAUCGUAUCAUUCAUGCGUGGCUUGCUGCCCCCCGGCAGUCUAACUACCGUAUGCUUGAAUGUUGGAGACAACGUGCGCGCCUCCGAGAGUGUUUCCGAUGUACGCUAGUGUGCGAAUGUGUACGAAUAUCUGGCUAUCUUAUAUUACCACUUCUCUGUAGGUCUUGUUCAAAUUGUGAAUUUUCUUUCCUCUCGUCGCCGUCAAUCGAAGAUGCGUCAAUCAAAUACAUCGGAUUGGGUUACGAGAGUUGAAAAAAAACAACUUGAAAAAGAGACAAAGAAGAUGGAAGAGUUGCAUGAACGAAUGACUGAACGAAUGUCAGAUGGAUUGUGCAAGACUGAGAGAGGCAGCGGAGGGAGCUUGCCAAUCAAUCCCGAGGUCGCUCCCUCGCCGCUCAUUUUUACGUCAUAAAUAUUAAUUAUGAUUAUACAUAAAGGAUAAACGCAUCCAACAAAACAUGAUUACGUUAUGUUUAUAAUAGUCAUGUUCCUUUCCGAUCGAUGAUAAUUGAUAAUAAAUCUAUAUCAAUCUUG